AUCAGCAACCUUGUAAUUACUUGUAGUCUAGGGCUAUAAUUAACAGCCAUCAUUCGUCUCUUCUUUUUUUUAAAAUCCGGAACAGUGGGGGUAUGUUUGAGUUGGUUCUUAUUCAUUCCAGUUUAAGUGUAUUUCCGGUUUGAUUACUCAAAUAGAUCGAUGUAAGACGUUUCCUGAACUUCUGUGUACAACUUGAAGUAAACGUCAAUACGUGAUGUGAAAAUGUGUAAAAUUCAUUAGGGUAUGCAGCAACAUGAAAAUUAUGUGUGCUGCACAGAACUUUUCAAACUUACUGCAACUUUACAUUCCACCGGCCAGUAGACAUGAUAGAAUGAAACGAAUUGCGUCGGCAAAUGCAGUAUGUGACCACAGUGCGCAGUUGUUGCGGUUUGGAGGUGUUUAAAGUGGAAAGUUAUGUGUACACACAAUAGAAAGUAAUACUCACAAGGAAAACAACACUGAAUAGCAUCGUCAUGGAAAUCGACCAAGUUAAUCUGCAGGAAACUGCCAUGAACAAAACGAAUGAAGAUGACUCUUUCAUUCGAGACAUCCAAGACAAUCUGCCAUCGUCAUCCAUUUAUGUUUUUUUCCUGUCCAUAGUUCUUGCUCAGACCUGGGUUUUGUACAUCACUCUGUAUAAUUCGCGAGUAUUUGGGUUAAUAAUUACUCUGAUCAUCAACAAGUUUGUGAAAUAUGGGCACAUAAAAUUUGGAUCAUUCACUUUCUCGGUGUUGUCUGGGAAAAUCAUGCUGCGAGAUUUUCAUUAUAUAACGGAAGAUUUCUCUGUAAGGAUACAAUAUGGAUGGAUUAUUUUUAAAUGGUGGCAGAGAUAUAUCCCAAAAGAUAUUAAUGAAGAUUUAUCUCACAUGGAAACAAGGGUUCAGAUGUUUUUAGAUGGUUUUCAAAUUCAUGUCUACAAUAAAGUUGGUACUUAUGACAGACUUGACAAAUUGUUUGGUGGUGUAGUAGAUUUAAGUGAACCAGUGCAGGAAACUCAAAAUACCAGGAAUAGUGGCUCAGCUUUAUCAAAUGUAAACUGGAGAGACCUUAUACCAGUCAUCAAAGUGGAGAUGUCAUCAGGAAGAAUCAUAUUUGGAAAUCACCUCGUCCCUCACUCCCUGAUUUUUAGUUUUGAGGAUGGGCAUUUCACCUAUACCACUAAGCCCGCCUCCACCCCUUUUGAUCAGUUUAUGCACGAUGCCACGGGGAAGGCGGAGAAUUUCAAACUCAUGUUUGUUCAGAGUAACAAAUACAACGGUCCACUGGACGAAGCUCCUAGAUAUAUGGGGGAAGGGUUCAUUGUGCUACAGACCAGAAAGAUUGAGGUUCACUUCUACAUGGACGAACCAGGUAUUGCUCCGUAUGAGCCGGAGAGUGUCGAGCUAGCCGAUGGGGAGACAGUGGUUCGCAGGACAUACCCUUGUCUGGGGAUGGAUGUCAAAUGUGGGAAAAACACAGACAUUAACUAUGGUCCCUGGGUAGACAAACAGAGGGAGUUGCUGUGGAAAUUUUUCUUCCCAGCUGACUACCAAGACAUGGUGCCAACAGAAGAAGCUAAACCUGGCGAAUUCAGAAAUUACAAGAAGUUCGAGUUCAUGAUGAACUUAAUGCAAACCUCCACCAUAGACAUCCUGUUCACAAAAGACUCGGAGACCCAGGCCAUUCAUAUGAGCUCAGGACAGGGGUCAUAUGUAGAGGUCACUGUCCCCUGGGUCACCAGUCCUGAGGGUUACAUCACAACGGUGCACGGGCAGCUGCUACUUUUAGAUGCCACAACAAGUCUUCAGUACCGGUCACUGGUGGAAUGUGAAACGUUUGAGUUCACAGUGAAAGCCUCUUACCCGAUAACUUGGAACUGCCACCAGGACUGGACGUGUGAUUUCAUAGCCUGUAAGGCUACUGUCUGUAUCAUCUUUGACCACAAACAUUUCUUCACAGAUCUGAUCAAUGAUUGGUCUGUGAAGACAGUUCCUGAUCUCUAUCACUUUGUGCCAUACACUUGGACAAUCAAUCUACAAAUUAAGGACUUUGAGUUGGUUUUACUGACAAACGAGUAUAACUGGAUUGACACCUCCUCCCAUCAGCCAGAAAACGCCCACAUAGCUUUCUGUGGAGACUUGUUAGACAUGUCUCUAGUUUUGCCGUACUCUGAUUUCCUACCGGACACCGUUCGAGUGGAACUCGUCUUCAAGGGAGAAAAUGCGUUUUGUCGACUGUACCUACCAGAGAACAACACUAGCCGCCAUGUUUUGAUGGCUUUAUCUAAAACGAUGAAACUGAUGGAUCGUAAUGGUCAAAUCCUACAGGAUCCGUUCGGCUCCGAGAAGAAGCAGUGGAGAAGAAUGACGCUGGCUAGUGAGGGAUGGAUUGACUGUUGGACCACCUCGAAUGCUGCCAUCAGUAUCGGCUACACCUAUCACCCCAUGCCAGUUCUCCUUCAGCAGGCCCCCAAGUCAGGAGAUGAGGAGUCACUCACCGCCCCCCUCCGUCCCUCCAAAUAUCUCCACCAUCAACCGCCAGAAAAUUUUGACAUGGGACAGAUGGAAUCAGAUUUGAUUGCCGUUGAGCUCGAAGUAGCACCGUCCAUGCUUUGUGUGUACGGUUCACUGCUGCGCAAUUUCCUGCAUGUAAAGGAAAAUUACCUAGGAGAAGAUCAAAAGUUCACAGACUUUGAGGAUGGCUCUCAGACUGAUGGAAAGAAGGGUCAGGCUAAUGUCAGCCCCCUGUAUAAGGAGGAGAGCAACAACCUGGGGCUGUUUGACGAGCGAUACUACCGGCCUUUCGCUGUCACUGUUUCUGUAGCCAUACAUGAUAUUCACGGGCACCUGAUGAAGAACUGUAAUGUUGAUGGUUUGCCAUGCCCGAACAUUAUGCUGGAGAGGUUGUGUUUUGAGAUGGACAAGACUUACAGUGAAACAAAGCUUCAGCUUUUGAUAUCGCCAGCCAUCCUCAUCGCCAAGGACAAGGUGGAGAGAGGAUAUGAAGCAAAACAUCUGAAUGAAGGUCAUCUUGGGCUAUCAGGUUUACAGGUCAGAGGUCAUGCUAUGUUUUCCCAUGAGGGCCUGCCCCUGGACAGUGAGACUCUGGAGUACGGCUGGUUAGUGGAAGCCAUCAUCGGAGAUUUCACAGGGAAGCUCUCCACUCCACAGCUUCAGAACCUGGUGGAGUUUAUUCAGACAUUCAUUAUGCUGGUGGAGGAUCCGGAGAAUAGCAUGGAGAGACCCUUGCCCUACAAACUCUGUCAACACAUGCUACCCCAGCCCCAGUGUCGAAUGUUGACCCAAUACAAUUUUCCCUGUCCCACUUCAGAGGAGAUCAAAUACCAGUUGGUCAGAUUGUCUCUGGACUCUGUUAACUUCUGUCUAGUGGAGAGCGGAACAGCCCUAAAUGUCCAGGUCAGCACAGUGAAACUGUCCACCUGUAAUCUUCAUGGUACGAACACAAGGGCAGGCGUUACAGGAAGAGUAGAAAAAAUCUCUCUGAGACAAUUCAUCUCCUCCUCUGUCCUCAAGUCGGAGGAAUCCCACCCCGAACUUUGGCUGGAGUCGGGAAGUCUUAUAUUUGGACCGCUUGAUGCGGAGGCUGCCAUGGCUUUGCCCAAUCCUGAUUUUCAUGGCCUUCAAGACAAGUUCUUAAAAAUUCAUGACAAGAAAACAAAGAGACUGUGGUUCCUCUGGCCAGUGAACGAACUAAAAAUUCAGCCAACGGUUGUGGGAAAGUGUGGUUGUCAUGGAGGAUGUGUUUUCUUUGGGAAUAAUAGGAAUGGUGUAGGGUUUUUCAGUCACAGGAGGUCCAAAGAAUCCUCCAGGGCGGUCCUGCAGGUUUCCCCCCAGGGACAAGAUCCAGGAUUUGGACAAAGCCUGUUAUUCAGAGACAAGCUUGUGUUUGAUGUUCUUCCCAAUAAUGGGCAGCUUUCACCGGGGAAGAAUUUCACCUUCACCAGAGGUUAUAUGAGUGAUAUCGUGACCCCUGAAUCACCAGGAACCAACAUAACUGUAUUAGAGGACCCUUCACUAAGCCACAAUGGCUCCACACACACUGUCAGUAAAGUGGAUCUAGACCAGCCACACAUCCGUGAUGUUGGCACCAAAGAUCAAGUGGACUUUGCAUCACCCGAGUUUUCUGACAAGACCUUGAGCCCUGAGUCAGGCUCAUUACACCAAGACUCCCUCACCAGUCCGGUGUCUGAAACUCGUAGUAUUGUAUCAAGGCUAAGCAGCAUGGAGGAAGGACUUGCCAAGCAAAUGCCAAGUAUUUCCAGUUCUCCUUUGAUGGGGGUCAGAAGAAAGGUGUCGGUAGAUUUUGAGAAUGUUAAAUUGUCUGGUCCCUCAAUAUCUAAUGUGUCAGCAUCAUCACCCAAGAGCUGGAGACAGGAAAAGACUUAUUCCAUUGCUUCUUUGGAGAGUGAAAGAUAUUAUUCUGCAGAGGAAGAUAGUCUUCAGAAUACCACUGCCAUGUCCAGUGGAAGUUUUGAAUACAGUAUUUUAUCUUCUGAAAGUCAAGAUCAAACCAUUAGAUCAACAGAGACUGAGCCGUCCUUUGCGACAGUUGUCCGCAAGUCUCCCAGAAAACCCUUCGAGGGUAGACAGGCCAGUGACUCCUCCACCGACUCGACAGUUUCUUACGAGUCAGCUGCCACGGACCAGAGCGAAGACUUUGAUGACAUGGACUCACCGGAUUUCUUGGAGAAUUUCUCCAUGGUUGAUCUCCAUGGUCAAGUGAACAAACCCAUCACGGAAUCGCCUAUACUCAUGAACUGUUACUCGGGUCAUUUGACUCAGUAUGAUUGCAAGGACUGGUCAUCACUUCAGCCAAUCCAGGGACCCGGGGAGAUGAAGCUUGACCAAUCAGCUUACUCCUUGUCAUCCGCCUGUCAGUCUCUGCAGUAUAUACACAGCCCAGCCUGUUUACCACACUUCAGGAGAAUUAGGCAAGGGUUUUCCACUAAUUCAAUGACCACAAGAGAAAAAACUGUUCCUGAUGUUAAUGAACGAUGGACGUCGGUGGAUGGAAAUAUUCCACAAGGAAAAAUGAUGGAAGACACGCUUUUAGAGAACGCCUCCAUCACAACAGGAGUGGUCAAACUUCACAGUUCAGUGGACAUUACACUUACACCGCUAUUUCUGGAAUCGUUUAAGAGAUACGCUGAGGCAGUCACACCCACUCUGCAGUCUCUCCAUCCAUCCUCCAUUGUGGACGGCCUGCACAGCCAGUGUUUGGAUCGAUUGAAACGACAGAAUCGACUAAAGAAAGGCAAGAUGUCCGGGGAGGAUAGCGCUGAGAAGCAGGUGCCAGACAGACAGUUCAGCACUGACAGUCGAAAUCAGGAGGGGGAGAUGAAGACUUCCAGUAUACAGGCACUGCUCACCGUGUCAAAGAUCAACAUCUGUGUUUUACAAGCCGGGUUAGUGGAGGAGGUCAUCUCUUUCUCUGCUCUGGACAACCUCUACGAUCUGACCUGUGUCUCUCUGCUGGCCCUGUGUAUUGAUAAUGUGGAAUGUCAGUUGCUGUCCAACAGUCACUCGUGUAAAACACUAACCGAUGUCACUCAGGUCAACAACCCGCAGAUGUCCCCCAAAAAGAGGCAAGGGAGGAAUUUAACGGACAUCAGCUUCGCAGACAGACAGGCCGAGAAACAGCUGACGGAGGUGUGUCGCGAGGAGGACGUGGGGACCCUGAAGAUCGCAAGGAUCCAUCUGCAGUUACAGAGACUACUAAAGCAUAGCAAUUAUUUAGAUGACAUUCAUUUAACAGCUAUUCCCAACCAGAGGUCAAAAGUUCUGUUUAAGUUCGAUGACUUCCCGAUCUCUGGUAAUCCUGGGUCAUUUAUGAAGAUACGACGUAACAGCAGCAUGAGAAGAGAGUCCAUGGCACAGUCUCCAAAAUCCAGGACAAACCGAUCCUCAUUUAGCCGACAGUCAAGUCGAGACAGUGAAGGAAGAGGAGGAACACUUCCACGACUCUUCAAGCAGGGGAGUAUCGAAGAGGAGAAGAGGCCACCCAAACUCCGAAAACAAGAGAGUAAGGAUUCCUAUCACAGCCACGACAGGGGCAUUGGGCACAUCAUGUUUGAAUGUGGUUUGGAAGACAUCAAAGCAACAGCAGUCAGAAGACUGGGCUUUAAAGAUAUAACUGAUGCCGAUUUUCUGACAAAAAUGGAUAAUAUUUCUAAGAAGUUGGAAGAUAUUCAAAAUUCUACAAAACAAGACAUUGCAUGGCAUUUGGGUGAGAAACAAGAGAAAAUGUCCCCCACAAAGAAAGACCCUCCCAAGCGACAGGAUGCCACAGACAUAGCCUCUCUUCAUUCCUGGGACUCAAGAGUGUCCAUUCCGUCGAGUUGUUCCAGUAUCGGGGAGCCGCACGUCACAGAGCACCUGAAGGGGGACGCCUCUAGUGGAAAACUAGAACUGAACACCAUCUGGCUCAAUUUCGCUGCACCGCCGCCCAUCUCUAUGAAGCGCAAAGUAGACUUCACAAGACUGGAUUGGAAUCUUCUGAGUACAGCAACAACAGCCAUUAAUGCCUGGCUGAAUCCUGCUGACCGCUUGAUAACCGAGCUGCGGUCAAUGGUGAUGACCCUCACUCACAGGACUAGUUCAGUCAUCGCCUGCAUCAUGACGAAUGCGCUGGAGGUAGAAGGAAUCAAGCUUCCUAAGAAGAGUAAGUAUAGUAAAGUUACAACCCUUGCCCUGACUCUACAGGAAGAACCCUCUUGUCAGCUCCUGACAGCUUUAAGGAGAUAUCUCAACAAGGUGGGAACUAAGCCGGUGGAGGAGGCUGUGGUAUCAGACACCCUACCACAGCUUAUCACCAUUCAGAAAGGCAUCUUAGCUCUCACUCGGCAGUGGAAGAACCUGCUCUACAUGCCACAGACAAAUAUAAGUUUCAAGGACAGAAGGAGUAUGAGACCUUACACAGUGAAGUUUGCUAUGCCUGAGAAUGGCAAUGAAGACGAGAUGCCCAUUGAGCGUGACAGCACGACUGAGCUGCUAGAGACGGUGGAUGAACGAGUUUCAUUGCUUUUGUCUGAGGAAAGAUCUGUCCACCAAUCGACAUCUAUACCAAGUUUGAAUGAGCAGAUAGAACAACCAGAGGUGGAAAGUAGGACGUCGUCAGUAAAGAGGAAAGUCUUUGGAAAACUUCACCAAUCGGCUUCAGGGACGCCGCCAACAACCAGUCUGUUUGAUUCACCGGACAGGAGACCCAAUACAUUCAACAAAUUUAGUUCUAACCUUCAGACACCAAACAUAGCCAGGAAUGAUAGCACAUACAGUUUCCACUCAGCAGCAGCCAGCUUGACCAGUGUGGAGGACACACCACCACCAACUCCACUGAAACCAGAAUUACCAAAGGCAUCGAUUUUAAAGAACAAAGAAGACAAGAUCAGCGAUCUGUACCAGUGGAUGUCCAUGCAAAGGGAUGAAUUCCAGCAGCCCUACGACGAUAAUCCUUCAAUGAAGCGACAUGAUUCCCUUAUCAAUGCUUUUGGAAGUACCUGGAGUCAGGACGACAGUAAGCUGGAUCUGACAGACCAACAAUUUGCUGCUUUGACAUCUAUUAUGCAAUUGGCUGAUGCACAGAGCUUGUUUAAACCUUUCUUACAAAGUGUGGGUUUGCACGUAGAAGGUGUCAGACCAUCGGCCAUGAUGAAAAAAUUUGGUGGAGUGUUAUCAUUGGAAGGAAAAUUGAAAUACUUGAAAAUUGAGAUUUCCGAUUCUGGAAGAAGAAAGGGGAAAGGAAAAAGCAAGAAACAUCGUAAAAAAAUAAUUAACCUGACAGACGAAAUGCCAGCUUUCUUGAGUCAGGAUUUCUGUGUCAGUGUUGGAAUGAAGGAUGUAAUAGACUUCGAGAGCAAAGAAUCAGGUGAAACAUUUGACCCAAACUGCCAACUUAAUUUUGCCAUGCACAAGCUUGAAGCAAAACCAACAACUUUACAAGUGAACUUCAUGAUAAACUGUAACUCAGUGACCCAGCAUGUGGACAUGCCUCUCUUAAGGCUUAUCUAUCAGUUUGUAACAAUGGCUGAAAAUGUGGAAGAGACUCGGAAUGAAUUGAAACAUAAUCAUUCUGCAUGUGAAUGGACCAAAACUCACAGGAAACAGGAAUCUAAAGGCUCAAACUCCAGUGCUGACACUCAGCCCUCUGACUUGUCAGAGGGACUAAGCCCAAUGUCAACUGAUAUCCCUGGUACAUGGAAACCAGACACCAGUGUGAAGCAGACGAACACUUUAAAGUCUGAUGUUUGUAAAUCAGAGUUUGAAAAAUCUUUAAGGGACGAGAAGAUGCUACAAGGAAGAGAAGUGGGAGGCCUGUCUGGGAACCAGUCUACUGUUGUCGGGGACCAGUCUACUGUUGUCCUCACCCCUCCUCAGUCCCUCAACCUCAGUGAGACUGUGACCAUAGAUAUUGAGGAGACAUCCUCACCUGCAGUGACUGAGAAGACACUCAUUGACGAGAUCCACGCCACCACUCCUAGGUGCUGGAGGACCCUGUAUCAUCUCCUGGAGCUGUAUUCCACGAUGCCGGAGCCCAAGACGGUCAAGAGGAAGCCAUCCUCCAAACUGCCAGUGAUUGAGGAGGAACCAGAGGUGGAGGUUCACGAGGAAGGUGAGGAACCGCUGGAUACACCCUCCGACACCAGUAAAGCUGGGAAUAAUGCCAAGAUUGAGGACUUAGAUGAUGAGGAGAAGAACAUUGGUAUGCCACGUAAAUCACGACCAUCCAUGAACAAUGCCAGGUUUAAACAAAGUAUCUAUGUGGGUGAGACCAUUCCUUUGGUGGUAUUUGGAAUUGCCAAAGUGGAGGAAGUGAAAAUUCUCGCAGUUCUGAGUGGACUGAAGCUGGAAGCCUCACUAAGAAAUGUUCAUGCCAGCGGUUCAUAUCGGGAAAAGGUGAAAGGUUUCAUUCAGAGGAAAUCCUCCGAAUCGUCCGUCACGGCUCACUGUGGACACACCUUGGUCCAGCUGUUUGAGGGAAUUCCCCCCGAAAUGAAAACCGUAGUCACGGUGAACAUUGAUAAAACCCAGGCUUUACAUACUACGAUUUUACGGAGGGGAAAAGAACACAACUCUGCCAUGAUUUCCGUCGGACUGAUCGAAGUGGACAUCCCUCAACACCCAGUAGUCCUUCACAGCAUGAUGACGAGGAGUUCAAAACAAAUCUCCAGCACUCUCCAGGAAUUCCGAAGACCAGUUUCUAGGUCAAGUCGAAAUCUGGAGACGGUCCAGGAGGUUAGCAGUGCUGAGACGUGUACAGGUGAACCAGUUCGGAAAGCUAAGGCCCCGCCCAAAGAGGAGCAGAAACCGAAUCGCCCCAAAUUCCUCCACAUCCACGUGAAGGCCAUAUUUCAGGGACUGGUUACUGGGGCCUCGCUGUUGCCUUCUCUGAAAGCUCAACACAAGACUGGUCCAGUCACCAUAAGUGGAAUGACGGGGAAGAAAUCUCAUUUCACUGUGGAUCUUCAGAAACACGAACUCAGCUUUAAGUCCAAGCCCCUUGAUCUGAUGAGAGAGGUGCAGACAACAGAAACGUCCCUACCCUCGGAGGCGGAAAUAGAGUUACCUCCCAUUCAUAUGUACGCAGACUACCGAUCCCACAAACAGAGCGAGACCCCCGUUGACAAGCUAGGGGAGGGGCUCAUUCUGAAGGAGGGCGAUUUCUUGCAUGCCGUUGCAGAGAUUGGAAUGUUGGAACACAGCUUGACUACUGACUUACUCAAUCACCUGGUCUUCGUGCAGAAGGUGUUCAUGAAGGAGGUGAAUGAACUCCUGCAGAAAGUGUCAGGGUCAGACCAACCCGUGCCCUUGUGGGAGGGAGAGGAAGAAAAACCGACCACUCAAGAUCUAUUGUACUCCUUCAGCUUCAGGUUCAAGGGAAUUCAGAUAACUGCCACCACACCCACCUCCAGCGCAGUCCGGUUAGAAACGGGGUCGGUGGAUCUGGAAGUUUCAAACAGAGUGUUAAUGGCAAACGGGGACAGGAAAUCUAAAGCACUCAAAGUGAAUGAGAAGAUGUUUAUGAAAGCCCAAGUAAACUUGAACCUAGCUUUGGGCCAGCUUAUCAAGAAUCCAAUGUUUGAAGAGGCAGAACCUGAAUUUCAGACCAUGGCCUUUUUCAAGACGAAAAUCGGAAUUCGAAACGCUCUUCAGGAUGAACUGAUACCCGGGGCAGCUCAGGACCAGGAAGCCCUGAUGAUAACCCUGACGAGACCCAUCAUACUGGCUCAGCCACAGGCCUUCGACAAAGCGGUGCUGGUUUGGUUGAAUUACAAGAAUGCGUAUGAAUACUGGACCGAGCAGAGAAUGGCACUUAAUACCGAGGUUUUGAAUGCGACCAGGCAGGUGAUUGACAGGAUACCCCCAAUGAGGGCGACCAUGUCCCCGGCUUCUCUCAGUACCCUCUUCCUGCAGCUGACGGUGGAUGAUAUGGGGAUAUGUGUUCCGACGAGCUCCAUCUCACAGUUGGUCCCUGCAACAUCACAAGCUGUUUAUGUGGACAAUGAACCCGGGUCAGCCUUGGUACUGACCAUUAAGAGUACUCAGAUCUCAGCCUGCUCUUCUGGGUCAUUGGUCAGCAAGGGCAGAUUUCAAGAUUUUUGUGUGAGAUUUGCUGAUGAUUUUGAGACAUCUUGGGAUGAUUGGAAACCUGACCCGGAGGAGGAUCCAGUGAUGAAUGGGUUGGUGGUUCCUGAGGGAACGUAUGAAGUCUGCUCCCGGACGAUCAACAAACAGGCCUCUGAUCCCAGUGGUAAUGCUAAAUGGAUUUUAAACGUAAGAUGGGAGAUGCAAGGAAUUGCAGUGCACCUGAACACGAAUGUUGGCAAAUGUUUGUCAGCUCUGGGGAAGACUCUGACCGCACUGGCCGGUGAACCAGACGAGGAGCUGUCCGAGGAUGAAGUGGACGCGCGAUCUGACCAUGUCUUCUCCCCAAACAGCCCAUCUGAGUCGAUGGCCUCCUUCAGAAGACCUAGUCAAAUGAUGGACACAUUACCAGCCUAUGUCUAUGACACUACCAUAGACCCAAAACUGAGAUUCCGUCUGAUUGAGAAAGAGAUGAAUGAACAAGCUCGGGUCGUCCAGGAUCUCAAACAACUGGGUGCCAGUUUGCAAACUAUUGAAGUUGAAUCUAGAAAGCUUGAAGAAUUAAAAGCCAUAGUGUUCCAGGAUUUCAGAAGAGAAAUGCUGAACAAGCUGAAAAAACAAAGUGAAAGUAGGGCGUCGGCACUAAAGGAUCAGUUGGGUAUCGGCAACAGACCACCUCACAGCAGAUCCAAGUCUUACGGAGGAGUGAGGGACAGAAAAAGCAUACUUGAACAUGAAAGAAUCAUGACUCAGAACCGAGAUGUUUACAGCAGAGGAAGUGUCUGGGACAGCAAUAGCUCUCGGACACUGCCCAGUAAAGUCCAGUUUGGGGCUUCGGUGGCAUACUCUCCACCAGAGACGCCUGACUCCAUGUUGUCCAAGUCCUCUCAGCCGUACUCCCAGUAUUCCAUGAGUCCGCUGUUAAACGAGCGACCUUCAGUGUGGCUCCUGAAUAACUCCUCGACAUCCUCAUCGCCAGAGUCCUCCGACCAGGAGGACCGAGGCACCCUUAAACGAGACCGCGAGUUUGAUGAGGAACCGAACCUGGAAUUCUCCGGUAAACAGAACACUCUGACACCUAGUUUGGGAAGCGGAGGAUCGUCUUCACGGUCCAUGGCGGCACCAGAACCGAACAUCGACUUUGAGCUGGAUGUAAAAGUGUUUAUUGAUAAUGGAAAAUGUGUGCUGCAUCCGAAAGAAGCCAAAGAGGAAGACACUGCCAAAAAACAACAAAAGAGAGAGAAAACACCAGACCCCAUGCUGUCUCCAACCUCCAAAAAGAAGAACAAGAAAAUGGACAUGACUUCCACACCCGUGUCAGCACAAGGGAAGAAGCCUCCGACAUCACAGCAGAUAGAGGACACCGUCUUCUUCCUGCCGAGCAUUGACCUCAAAGUGCAUUACAAUUCCAAGACUCACAGCACAGACUCAGAACUUAAGUCAAAGUGCUCUGUCGACUCAUUUGAUGGAGAAGAAACUGCUAGAGGAAAGUCCUUCUCACCAGAGCCCAGUCCACUGGAGGAGGAGUUCAUUCCCCCCCAGAAGUCCUGGCCCCCGCCAGAAUUCCCCACAGUGAAAGUGACUGUUGAUGACGAGGAGGAGGAGGUGGUAAUGAGAAAACUGAUUAUUUCUACUCCUCCUAAAGUCCCUCCUCGACCUCAGCCACCCAUCAGCCUGGAGUCCGUUGAGACCCGAGACAGUACAUCAUCCGUGUACUCAAAGAAGUCGGGUGUCAAGAAAGCGAACCUGUACGCAUGGUUGUCGCUGCAGUCCUUGCCGGAGAGAACUGAUGCUCCUAAUCUGAUGAAUAAGGAAAUGGUCAUUAGCCCUUGUCUUUUGGACUUUCUAGAGCAAGCUUUAGAACCUAUUCCGAUGUCGACACUGCAGCAAAGCAAGAAAGAAGAGGGCAGUUCUCAUCAUGUUGAAAUGGACCAGUCCUACAGUUCCCUGGGUACCAUGGUAACACAGACUUCUUUUCCUGUGGAUGUGGUGGUCUUCAUCCGCGUGGAGCCUUCCAUCAUCCGCUUUAACUGUCUUCCUACAUCACGUGUGGAAUGCCUGCUUAAGGUCCCUGCCCUAGAAACCGUGUUCUCCACCAAGAGUUCGGAUAUUGAUGCAUCGCUGGCAGAAGGAACACCUCCUAUUAAAACUGCUAAAGGAUCAAAAUUAAGAGAAAGGAACCCCAGUGGGUCUCGCAGCCAUGGUGAAAACCGCCCCCGGGCCAGCAGUACGACCUCGUGUGAUGGUGGUUUCAUGUCUGCUGGGGGCUUGAGUUUUACGGGUGCGAUGUCAGACUUCUCCCUGUACAUCUUCCAUCCUUACGGAGGAGGGGUGCAACGAAAGCUGAAUACAUCACCUGGAUAUAAUUUGGGAAGCAUUCAGGAAAAUGAACCAGCUUGGUCUGAGCAGACUCGACGUGACAUGCUCAGUUUGAAUGUAGAGUUUGUCAAGAUCAACAUUUCUCGCAGUCGUAAAAUAGAAGUACGUGCCUUGGACAAAGAGGCUAAAUCCAACAUCGUCAGAUUCUCUGCUAUUUGUGAUAUUGGGUCAGCAGCAUUUAAGUAUGACAUGCGGAGGUUGUCUGAAAUCCUGUCGUUCCCCAAGGCUUGGUACAACAGAAGUCUGGCUCGACGUAUGUUUCUGGGGGAUGAGAGUUACAUUCAUGUAGCAGACGAUGAAUCCGAUACGACCUCCACCGACAGCUCCCAGGGGGAAAGCCCGGUGAGGGGCCCUGUCCCUAAGCUUUUCACCUCCUCCCCCUCCCUCUCUCAGUCCAACACUCUGAAUGUGUUCCUCCCCGGUCACCAUCGACGAAGCUCCUCAGGAGACAAGAUUCGAGUACAGCUCAGCUCCGACCUCAAACAGCAGAUCGACAGCAAAUUUGUGCAAACAGCCUCAUUACCACAGUCCCCUACAGAGGUCAUGCCCCCUGAAUACAUCACUCACACACACACAGGAACUCCAGGCUCAACCACAAAGAUUCCUGGGAAACACAGAUCUAGUCUCAGCCAAUCAGAAUCGGGAAAGCAUAAGAGUCAUCACAGUGGUAGUCAUGUGACACCCAAGUCUGUUUCCUGGGAAACUCUGGUGCUGUUUGCUGUCAACCUGGCAAAGUUGGACCUCCAUGUUAACAUGAGCAAUGUCAUGGGGAACACUGUUUGGACCACUCAACAAAUCAAAAGUCAGGGCAGCCUGUCUAUUCAUAGUAAUGGUCACCGUGACUUGAAGAUCACAGCUGGGACAGGCAAUUCCCACUUCGACUCUCGGGGAGGAGUGGUGGGAGGGACCAUUGACAUCAAUGACCUUAUUCUUUCUGUGGAAGUAAACGAGGAUCCUGAACAAGGGAAGCAACCCUUGCACAGUACGGGAGUCUCGCUGCACACGGUCGAGUGUCGUCUAGACUACAUGGGAACCAGUGUUCUGAUGGCUCGACUGAGUGAUCUCGACAUUGCCAUGAAGGAUGAAUGGCUGGUUCAGGACAAACCAACAAGUGACACUCCAUUAGCUACGACACGACCAGCUAUCCUCUUUGCUCACGGUGACCUGCACUGGGAGCAGUUUCACAUGAUGAUUUCUCGCUCUACCACCCCAGACAUCAUCAAGAUGGUCUCCAAAAUAGAAGAGUUUGUCGUGAACCAGUUCACCAGCAGUAGACGGGUGUUGUCAGCUUUUGGCCCGAUGCCAGGAACAAAACGUGGGAGUGAUCGCAGGAAAAUGUCAGAUGACAUUGAUUGUAUAUGGGACAUUCGUCACCACAGGCAUUGGCAGAGGGCAUUAGAACUUGUGGUUGGAUGUCGUUUUUCCAUGCUGCCUAGCAUGAUCCCAAAGGAAGGCACGAUUCUUGGUGGGAAUAUGACCUUGAAGGGCAGAAACUUGACCUUGGCUUGUUUCCAUGGGAUGAAUUUCAAGGCCAAAUCCUGGGCUCUAUUCACAAUGCAUGAGCCUUACAUCAUAUUUUCCACCGAGUCCCAACAGCUGCCAGAGGGAGGAAUUCAUGUGAUCCAGAACCUGAACUUCUACAUCGGACACGACCUUACCCAGCACAUUAAGGAACAGCACAUGGCCUACAUCUGUAUGCUGAGUCGGGGCCACUCCAUGCCUCCCUCCUUCACUAGUGUGCAGGAGUGGUUCCACUACACACUGGCCACCUCGGACAUCAAAGGACUUGACUGCUUUCCUCAAAUGUCUCAUGAGGAAGACGCCCUGGAGAUCCGGCGGAUCCGGAAAGUCCAGGCCUACACUCACGACACGGAGAUGAUUUUCAUGCUGCCAUCUCUCCAGCUGCAGCUGAAGACCAUUCACAACCAAUCUCUGCAUGAACCAAAACCUGAUGAACCUCGUCCAGUGGUGGAGUGCAGUUUUGUCACAGAAUUUGAGGAUCACAUUUUUGUUGCCAUGGAUGCAGAGGUCAUCCUCUUCCUUCAUGACCUCAUUCUGUCGUACAUCAAGGAAAAGGACAAAGGAACAAAAGCUCCUUAUGGGACAAGUUCAAAGUCUCCGAGAACUCCGGAGACGGAGAGGAAGAGAAUUACUGAUCCUACAACUGCUCUAAAGGAAGACUGGAGAGUGUUUGAAUGUAAUACCUGGCAUUUAGAACCUACAGUCAGACUUCUCCACUGGGCAAGCAAAGGUCAAGAAAUUGACACAGUGGUUGUGGACUAUGUUCUGCAGAAGCUUGGAUUUUCUCACGCACGAGUCACCAUACCGAAAUGGAUGCAGAGGGGAUUCAUGGACCCUCUUGAUAAGCUGUUGUCAUUCCUCAUAGAAAAGCUCAUUUUAUCUCUCAAGACUCCAGAGACAGAAGCGCUGGAGAGUGUAUAGAAAAAUCUAAUCUCAAAACUCCGGAUACAGAAGCACUGCAUAGUAUAUAUAGAAAAAUCUAAUCUCAAAACUCCGGAUACAGAAGCACUGCAUAGUACAGGUAUAUAGAAAAGGAGAAAAAUGCACAGGUCUAGUCAGAUUUAAAGCUUAACAAGUUUGUUGUUUUGUAAUUAUGUUUAGACAAUCAGGAUAGCUGUAAUAAAUGUUCGCUACAUUUGUAAGUAGAAACGUAUCAGCAUUUAUUAUUUUUAACAUUGUAAUUAAAAACUUAGAUAGUUACAAAUAUAUUAUAUAGUGGAUGUAAUGUACGUAAUGUGUUGAUAAUAUAUCCAUGUGUUCUGGUUCUUAAUUACUUGUGUACUGGUUCUCAGUUACUUGUGUACUGGUUCUCAGUUACUUGUGUACUGGUUCUUAAUUACUUGUGUACUGGUUCUCAGUUACUUGUGUACUGGUUCUCAGUUACUUGUGUACUGGUUCUCAGUUACUUGUGUACUGGUUCUCAGUUACCUGGAUGAUAAUGAUGAUUACAGAAAACAAAUACUAGUACAUAAACAAUGUUAAAUCAGGGUUUGUGACAUUUUAUUCACGGUAGUAAAUAGAUGUUGUAUAAGAAUUGCAGUCUGCUGUGAACUGCUUUCAUGAUCCGCAUAAUAUGUGCUGUGUAUGCACACGAGUAUUGUCACCCUGGAAAUAUGCAAUCUAUUUUUAUUAGACGUCGUAAGUGACAAAUUAUAUGUACAUGUAUAAGAAGAGAUGACACAUUUUUAGAUUUGUACUCAUUUCAAAUUGAUUUAUUUCUAUUUGGAAUUGCAUUUAAGUACAUGUACAUAUAUAUCAAGAUUUCAGUAUUUAUUCGUAUACUUUUAUUUAAUCGCCUUCCUUCAGUUUUAAGAUUAUAUCAUUACAGAUAGAUGCUGUACAUUCACAAUUUAUCAUCAAACGUCCCCAAAUGUUCACUUUAUUUUACUGAAAAAGAAUUACAAUGUUAGCCAGCAGUAUGUAAUCAUGUUAAAGGUAUUCGGAUAUCUGCAUUUAUUUUAUUGAAUGUAACAAUGUCAGAAGGAAGUUUGUAUGUAAACUGUUGUCAAUGAGACUGUUGUCAAGGAGAUUGUUGUCAGUGUGAUCAUUGUCAAUGAGAUUGUUGUCAGUGAGACCGUUGUCAAUGAGAUUGUUGUCAGUGAGACCGUUGUCAUUGAGAUUGUUGUCAGUGAGACCGUUGUCAAUGAGAUUGUUGUCAGUGAGACCGUUGUCAAUGAGAUUGUUGUCAGUGACUGUGUUUUUAGGAAAUCCUUACUACUUCGUAUUGUUUAACUUUAAAAUAAUACUUUUCCCAUGAUAUAAAUUGUGUAUGUUCAUAUGUGUUUAUUGAAAUGUACAGUAAUGUAAAAAUGUGUACUUUGUACAGUGUAUAUAAGCAUUUUAGUGUUUUUCCCCUUAAAUGUACAACACGGAAAGCAGUGUUUAAUUAUGCAACUUUAUUUAUUUUUUUGUUUCCUACAUGUAUAUAAAAGUGUGCCCUGUACACCAGUGUGUGUAACUGGGAGAGGAAAAGCCAGCCAGAAGUUGGCACAUCAAAUUUUGGGAGAUUUUGAUUCAUUCAGAAUUAUAUACUACUGUAUAUAUAGAAUUAUAUACUCAUUAGGUUGAAAUAUAACACCUGAUUUUUUAACUUGACCAGUCUGAUUAAAACCCACCCCCCUUCUUGUUACACUUGUCUGAGUGUAAGGAGAUGGGGAAUGGUUUUAAUUGGACUGAAACUCUAAUGUGUUAUAAAGGGAAGAUAACUCUUGUUACUGUACUAAAAUUUGUGGAGAAUGGUAUUACAUCAAAUGCUUUAAAGGAAAACUCCCCAAUGUUUGUCAAAGUACAUGGUAAUCAUGUAAAGUACAUGAAAUACAAAAAGAAUUAGUAGUACUCACAUGUUCUAUGUGACCUGGCAUUGCUUGGACUACAGCUCUUCUACCAUAAGCUGGGUCUGUCUUUCAUCGGUCAGCCUCUAAAAGAGUUAGACUCUCAAAGUUAAUUUGCUCCCUGUGAUUACCAUGUAAUCUGUGCACACGAGCACUGAACAAGUACAUCCACUAAUCACACUAGCACUGAAUAAGUUACAUCCACUAAUACUUCAGAAAAAUCAUUUAGAAACCUGUUCAGAUUUCUGAGUUAGAAUCAGUUGUUGUAUAAACUGUACUGAAAUUCUCAAAUGAAGACUGUGAUACACAAUGAAUUCUGUGUGAAGUCGAUACUCAAUACAAUCGACAAGCCAACAUAUUUUUACUCAAUACAUCAUUAAUAGACAAAGUCUCCAUUUCAUGUUUUUUCAUUUUAAAUCCCAUUUUUUCACAGAUGUCGUUUUGCAUAAUCCAGGAUCAGUAUGUGCACAGUAUCCCAUCCGUCACAAAUUUUAAAAAAAGUACUCCUAAUUGUGGCACUGAAUCCUCGUUUUGUGUCUUGUCUGUAGAAAUACAGGUUGUACGUGUUUGUAGUGGCAGGUGUUGUUUGGGUUACUGUAAAUGUAGAAAAUUCAGCGUGGAUAAUAGUUGACGGAGUCAAGUUUUUUAUCAAUUAGCGUGGAUUUGAGUUAGCACUUAUUGCAAGUAGACUUCACAUUUACUUUACGUGUAAACGUUUAGUGAUGUACUCGAUUUAGCGGAUGGCCUCUUCCGCCAAAAGCGUUAAAAAGAAUACACCGCUGAAUGUAAUAGGUUUACAGUAUGUCAUGUUAAAGUAGAUAAAAGUAACCUCAAACAAUGGACUAAUUACAAAUGUUUUGAAUUACUGAGGCAUUAUUUGUAAAUACUACAUUUAUAUGUACAUGUAUAACAUAUUGUAUGUUCAACCUUUCUUACAAAGAAAAAAUAUUUAAAAUAGUAUUAUACCAGAACGAUAGUGUUCAGAGAAUGCAAAACAAAUCUAAUUAUAGACUUCUCGGAAGUUGUCGUCUUUUGUGUUUAUGGGUGCGUCACCCUCUCCCCUUAAAGGUUAAGAUCCACCAACCAAAUUGUUCAUAAACUUCGAUCUGUUGUUACCAGUCAUGGAUUCUAGCUUUGGUAGAAUUUUUAUAUAAUACAUAAAUCUAGGCAUGACAUAUAUUGAAAGAUUAAAUGCACACAAAGACAUACCCACCAUGGUGAGGUCACAAAAUAUUACUUGUAAGGAAGAUGUAUUUGGUUUGUCUCGUUUUUAUUAAUGAAUAUUAGGGGAGGGUUAAAAUAGGCUGUGCCUGCUGCCAAAUCCCAUUCACUCAUUUUGUAAAUAUUGUUUAAUUUAAAUUAUUUAAAGAUCAUUCAAUUUGCCAUAGGCAGUGUGUCACACCUUGUGUUAGCAAAGUAAGUGAUGGAUGGAAUUAAGAUUGCCCCUAUUCGGCCGAGAGUGGAGGUCUUCUCCUCUUUGUGAUAUGGAUCUCGUACAUGUACAAAUACGUCAGUUUCGAGAUACGAACUCUUCUGUAUAGGAGGUGCAUUUAGUGGAACUUUGAAUGCCAAAGUGGGACAGAGUGGAUAUACAGCCAACGAGGAAGAUGAUGAAAUGUAUUAAAAGCGGCUUUUCUUUAAAUAUGUAAAUGUGGGAAAUACUAAAUACUAUCGAAAGAAAUGUUUUACCGAAGUGGAAACAUACAAACAAUGUCAUAUUUGCAAGAAAUGUCUUGGAUAUGGUACUUAUGACCAGCAAAAUAACGUGAUAGGAUAAGAAUUCUAUGUAUUUAAUUACUCUCUAAAUAUUUAUCUCUUACUUAGUUUGUGUAUCAGUCGAAUUCGGGUUUUCAAACAGCGUAUGAGAAACUUACUGAGUACAUUCACUUACGCUAUGAUGAAUAUCUGUCCCACUCCCGCGUGCAAACAAAUUCUUUCGCGCCUUACUAUGUACGAGAGUUCUCCAAAGGGAAAUAACUCGGAUGUAUCUCGAAACUGGCGUAUUGUCCUCUUGCUCAUUCAGUAUAGUACAUAUUCCUGAGUUUUAAUGUGUUUAGUAUAAAUUGCACUGUUGAUUGAUGUUUAGACAGAAAGUACCAAUUGUAACAACACUGCUUACCUUGUCGACUUCUCCCACUCCACCUUAAUCAUUGUUACCCUCUAGACAUUUGUUAUCACUGUUUGUUAAAUUAUUAAUAAAUAAUAGGAAAAUACAA